AUGGCGAACGUUGGCACAAGACUGUGGAGAAUGAGAAAUGUUUUCAUUCUAGAACGCUCGUCACUGAAUCUUAACGUGCGCACUUAUGCUUCGGCACUAUUUGUACCUGGCUACAAGGCUAAUCAAUCGUUUUCGAUUCUGACUCCCGAAAUGAACUUCGAUGAGCAAUUUUCAGAUGCCGUAAAGUUCAGAAAGGAAAUGGAAUUGCGCGGUGUUGAUGCGGAUAUUGAAAGUAUGAAAUCUUCAUGGGAAAUGUACAAGACUGUCAUUUCAGAUCGGGAUGUCUUGGAGGACAAGAGAAUUGACGCGGCUAAUCAAAUAAAACGUCUAUCCAGAAAGAAAGCCAACGUUGCAGAAACUGCAGACGAUGAAGAAAUUAACCGAUUGAAAGUAUUGGCAAGAGUACUGAAGAACGAUUUGAAAACAGUCAGGCAAAUGCAAUGGGAUCUCGAAGAUGUUGUCAUUCCAGCAAUUUUGAAACUACCCAACGUUCUGCACAAAGAAACGCCAGCUCAUGAUCCUACUAUUCUGUAUUCUUAUAAAAAAAUGAAUUCCGAAUACAAUCUAAGCUGCUCAAGUAGCCACAUUGAUAUUGGCAGGAGCUUGGGAUUGCUGGAGUAUACAAGCCCUAUGAAUUAUUACCUGCACGACAAGGCGGCCCUUUUUGAAUUGGGUGUACUUCGAUUAGCUGCCGAAAUGCUUGUCCAAGAUCAAGUUUUGCGGGUCACAGGUUUGGAUUUUGUUCGCAGUGUAAUUAUAGAAGCUACUGGAAUGGACCACGAGAGUCCCAACGACUCGUUCAUCCUUGAAGACAAUGAGGAGGUCGAAAAAAAUUCGGUUAAUCGGAUGCACCUUAUCGGAGGAGCCAGUCUGCCUUCUUUCCUUACAAUGCAUACCAAGCAGUUGAUUAACCCGAAGACCUUUCCGUUGGAGUAUUUUGCCAGUGGUAGGCAGUACGUACCUUUUAAUAGCCAUGCGCAGGAGGAUGGAUUGUUCACAGUUUGUCAGGCAUCAGCAGCAGAAGUUUUUACCCUAAUGAAAGACCCGACGAACAGCGAUUACUGGAAGCAGUUUCUGACGAUGAUUGAUUUCAUUAAGGUGUUGUACACGAGCAUUUGCAAUCAUUACCGAAUCGUGCUCAGACCAGCUAGAGAUUUGAGGCCAUGGGAAAGUCUGAGAGCAUCAUUUGAGGUGUGGUCUCCUUACUCGAAAGGUUACAUCGAAGUCGGCCACCUUUCUCUCAGUGGAGAUUAUCUUAGUAGGCGAUUAUUGAUCGCUUGUCAAACUCAUUAUGGCAGAAUUUUUCCUUUUAUUAUUUCUGGAACUGUACUAUCUGUACCAAGACUUCUGGGAUGCCUACUGGAGCAGUCUCCAAAAGAGUUUGUCAUUCCAAUCAAAGUGCAAGAACAUAUCCCUGCAUAAAAUUAUGUAAACCUGAGUUUACUUUGAAAAUGAGAUUCUUUGUAUAAAUUGUAUUAUAGUAAAUAAAAAAGAAGAAA